UUUCAAUUAAAAGUCGCUUCUUUUUUAGAGGUUUUCAAUAAGAACGGUUGUUCCUUUUCUGGGUUUGCGUUCGAACUUCGAAGUCUUCCUUAAUACUUAGAACUUGUUCAUGUUGAGCAGCGUGAGGCGUUGUUCUUCAGAGUAGCAAAGCAAAUUGGUGAAACGUUUCCUCUUUUGGAAAGGUUUGCUUUGUCUUCUUCUUGAGAAAGUGGUUGAGCUGUGACGCCUUCUUCAAGCGUGAGCCAUCGGUGACUGUUUUGGAAGGUUGUGCUUGUGGCAUCUAUGUUUGGGGGUGUCUUGUCUGUGCCUGUGAAUAAUCCUCACUCGCGCAAAACUGGAAGUAAACCCAUAAUCACUAAUCUUGGAGAAAAUUACUCGAAGAGCGCAAGCAUGCUACUAGGUACAAUGGCGAAAUUAAGAAGUCCUGUAUUCCUUAAAAGUGUCAAGGUUGCUCUAUAUAUUGGCGGUCUUUAUGUUUGUGGAAAGAUUGGAUGGGAAUCUGUAAUGAAGAUGGGAAUAGACACAAGAGAACUGUUCUUCUACGAGACAUUUCUGUAUUAUAACCCUCUCCUUCUCAUUACAAUGAUGGUUUGGCUCUGGGGUGUUAAUUUGUGGGUUUUUUCUCGGUCUGGAGUCGAUUAUGCAGCAAUCUUCUAUCUAGGACCAGAUCAUCUUAGUCACAAAGAGAUAUGGAAGAUUGUUUUGUAUUUCUCUGCUGUGAUCAUUCUGAUCAUCCCUUUCGAUAUCUUCUACAUGCCGUCUCGCUACUACCUGCUAUGGACUUUUUGGCGCAUUCUCUUCCCUGUGCAGACAGUGACCUUUUCAGACUUCUUUCUAGCUGAUAUCUUGACUUCUAUGUCAAAGGUUCUCUCGGAUUUAGAACGUUCUGUAUGUCGUAUGGUCCAUCGACAGGUAGCUACUGUUGCAUGGUUUGAAGCCGAUUCGGUUUGUGGGAGCCAUUCCGCUGUAAUACCCUUGGUUCUUGUUCUACCUUAUCUUUUCCGGCUGUUCCAAUGCAUCCGUCAGUACAAAGAUAGCAAGGACAUUGCAAACAUCUGGAACGCUGGGAAGUAUUUAACGGCAGUGCCUGUCAUCUUUCUAUCAGCACUCAAGUACUUUAUCAAUGCUGAUACAUGGACUUACUCCAUUCAGCCUGCGUGGAUCCUAUUUGGUCUAGCUAACACUUUCUUCUCCUUCUUUUGGGAUGUGUUACGCGACUGGGAUCUAAGUGUCUUCACUCGGAUUUUCAAGUUCACAAGACCAAAUAUUUGCUCUCAUCUUCUGUAUGGACGCCGUUGGGUGUAUGUUUGGGUGAUCGGAAGUAAUCUGGUGCUAAGGUGGACAUGGACGUACAAGUUAUCAGCUCAUCUCCGUAACAACUACAUCACAGUCUUCAUCAUCACUGCCUUGGAGAUCUACAGGCGGUUCCAAUGGGCGUUUUUCCGUAUAGAGAACGUUUGGAACAAAAUCAACAAACCCAAGCGUACUUCUCAUCAGUCUAAUCCGGUUUCACUCCAAAACGUUGAUAUUCUCCCAAACAUUAAAGAGAAAAUGGCAUCAAGAGAAAUGCAGAUCAUAAUCUCGGUUCUCGCAACUACACUCAUCGGUUUAGCAGUAGCUACAGACCACACCAUUGGUGGUCCAAGUGGUUGGACCGUGGGAGCUAAUCUUCGAACUUGGGCUGCAGGACAAACAUUUGCUGUUGGAGACAAUCUUGUUUUCGCCUACCCUUCUGCAUUCCAUGACGUCGUUGAAGUCACAAAACCCGAGUUCGAAAGCUGUCAAGCGGUUAAACCGCUUAUAACAUUCGCCAAUGGAAACUCCAUUGUUCCUCUUACUACUCCUGGAAAAAGGUACUUCAUUUGUGGUAUGCCGGGACAUUGUACCCAAGGGAUGAAACUUGAAGUAAACGUUAUUCCAACCGUAAACGCAGCAUCAACCGCACCGCUUCCAAACGCUGUCCCAUCUCUAAACGCGCCUUCACCUUCUUCUGUUCUACCAGUACAACCUCUGUUGCCUCUUAACCCCGUCGUCCCUGUUCUCUCUCCAUCUUCUUCUUCUUCUUCUUCUUCUACUCCGCUUCCUUCCUCCUCCCUGCCUCUUAUCCCGGCACAGUCUCCAGCACUUUCUCCGGCUGCUGCUGCGGGGACUUCUCUACCGUUGUUUCCAGGCUCACCAGUUAGCUCUAGCAGCACGACCACCAAAACCGUCGGGAGCUUCCCUUCUAGUGCUACUGGCACCACGACGGCUGAUCUUUCCGGCGCAGAAACUCCUCCGGUUGACUCCUCCUCCUCCUCUUCCUCCGCCACGAAAAGCCUUGUUUUGGGAUUUGGAUUCAUGCUCGCCAUGAUGCUUCAUUUGUUCUAAGUGUUUAAAGUAGAGAGAUUUGUUUGCAGAGGCAAAUGUGUUUGUGUUUACUUUCUUUUGUUUAUAUGAAAAGAAAGAAAAUGUGUUGUUGUGUUUUCUGGGGUGAUUUCUUGUGUAUUUUUACCAUUGUAUAUUUUCACAUAUAUUAAUAUUAUUAAAUUUUAUAAUUCGAUUGAGAAACAAUAA